AUGAAGCCUCCACAAAUCGGCGAUCUGAUCGCCCAGAUCGACACCCCAUCCAUGAUCGUCGACCUCGACCUCAUGGAAUCCAACAUCCACAAACUCAUGACCAAACUGCUCCCCACCGGCCGAGACAUUCGCCCCCAUCUGAAAACCACCAAGAGCGCCAUUCUAGCCGCCAAACUAGUCCAGGCCGGCGCAAAGGGCGGCUGUGUCGCCAAAGUCAGCGAGGCUGAAGCCAUUGCCGCCGCGGGCUUCACCGAUUUACACAUCACGUCUCCGAUCGUGGGGCCCGUCAAAGUGGCAAGAUUAGUCGAGUUGUUUGACAAGUAUCGCGAGAUUCGAAUCGUGGUGGAUUCGGAAGCGGGCGCCGCGGCGAUCAACGACGCCCUAGAGUCGUCGGGGAUCGAGGAGCCGAUUCUGACUUUGAUCGAUGUGGAUGUGGGAUUGCAUCGGACUGGGGUGAAACCCGGGGAGGCGGCGAUGAAGUUGGUUCGGUUUGUGGGUGGGUUGAAACAGCUGAAGAUUGUGGGAGUUCAGGGGUACGAAGGACAUCUGCAGCAUUUGCAUGAUGCUCGGGAGCGAGAAGCACAGUGUUUGGAAUCGAUGCGCAUUCUUACCGAGACGGCUGAAGCUUUUCGUCAAGCAGGGUUUUGUAUGGACGUUGUGACCACGGGAGGCACCGGCACGGCCGAGACUUGUGCUUCAGUUCCCGGGGUGACUGAGUUGCAACCGGGGUCGUUUAUCUUUAUGGAUACUGAUUACCGUGAUGCGGUGGGUACGUUCUACGCGAAUAGUCUGACGAUUUUGUCGACGGUGAUUAGUGUCCAGGGUCCUCGGGCUGUGACCAUCGAUGCGGGAUUGAAGUCGUUGUCGACGGAUAGUGGAAUGUCCGAGUGCCGGGAUUCACGAUACAAAUAUCAUGAGUUUGGAGACGAGCAGGGCUCGUUGAAAUGGGAGGAUGAAGGAGGGAGUGUGCCAGCUCUGGCGGUGGGUGAUCGCGUGGAGAUUAUCCCGAGUCAUAUCGACCCGACGGUGAAUUUGCAUGAUGUGUAUUAUGCACAUCGGAGAGGGGUGAUUGAGGAGAUUUGGUCCGUGGAUUCGAGGGGAAAGGUUCAAUAA